AUGGACGCGUCUACUCCAACGCUUCAUCAUACCCGCCGCCCAACUUACCCCCUCGCUCACGCCUUUCGCCGUAAACCACGCCGUAUCCCGCUCGUUCUGCGCUUCGCAAAGGGUGCCGUCCACGACAUCAUCGUUACCCCAGUGUUACUCCACUCACUCUGGACCGUCCUCAUCGUCUACAUCGAUACUCGCUAUGUCGACUCCAUCUCGAUCCCCGCGACCAUCAUACCCUCGCUCUCCAUCGUCGUGGGCCUGAUGCUCGUCUUCCGCAACAGCACCGGCUACGACCGCUUCUGGACCGGCAGGAACUGUCUCACGACGAUUGGCACCAGCGUCCGCAAUCUAGCCCGAAUCUCCCUUGUAAACUCUCAUGACCGCGACGGCCACGCCAGCGAAGCCGAGAGAAGAGAUACGGAACGUAUAGUACGCGUCCUCGUGGCCGUCCUAUACAGUAUCAAACACAACCUCCGCGCCGAAUUCAACAUUCCCCCCGCCAGUCUAGCAUCCAUGCCCACCCAGCAACCCAGCGUGUACCCCCAGCGCUCGCGCCCCGUUUCCCGCCGCCCCAGCUACAUCGACCGCAACGGCAGUUUCCCCACCCUCUCCUUCGCCUCCACCGCCGUUCCCAGCACAGCCACGACCCCCCUCCUCAGCCAAUCCACCGCCACGCUCGAAAACGGCGACGGCACUACCCCCAUGAAGAAAGACGAAUACGUCUCCCUCCUCCCCGAAGGCCUUAUGGGCUACGAAGACCAAGGCCUCGGCCUACCCCUCCAACUCACAAUCCUAGUCGAAGGCUACAUCCGUCGCGGCGCUGACAGAGGCUGGUUCAAUGCCCCGCUCUCCUCGCAAAUGACAGUGCAGUUGAACUCGCUCGUUGACGCUUACGGUCGCAUGGAAACGAUUCACUCGACGCCUAUCCCCGUCGCCCACUUGAUCCACCAGAAACAGGUGCUGGCGCUGUAUGGCUGCGUGCUGCCGUUUGCUAUUGUCGAUGAUUAUAAGUGGUGGAGUGUGCCUGUUGUGGCUAUUAUCGCAUUUACCUUGUACGGUAUUGAGGGCAUUGGCAUGCAGCUCGAGGAUCCGUUUGGGUACGAUAAGAAUGAUAUCAAGAUGGAUGGUAUUAUUGAGGAUACGAGACAGGAGGUCAUGGUGUUAUUGGAGGAGUGGAAAGCCAGUCAUGAGGGAAGGGCUAUGGGUGGCAUGUUUGAGACGGAUUGUUACUAA